UCACUUCUUCUGCCCCUACCUAAUUCUUCAGUUCAUUACUACACAGCGGCUUAACUGAUCUCUGUAACCUACAGUGGUUUGCUCUUCUGUAAAAUAUAUAAUAAAUCUGAAGAGUUCCAUAAUAUUUGAAACGUGUUUUUGGAAUUGGUAACAGCAAGAUUAAACUACCACUAUUAAAGGAUUUCAUUAAGAAAAAAAUGUGCAUAACCAUGCUUUUUAAAAUUGGACUACUUUUUGUCAUCUUUUUCUUUACUCAUCUUUAUGGAAGCAGAGAUACUGAGAAGAUUCAAGAUAAUGGAAAAAUUGUCAGCAACAACAUUCACCUUGAUGAAUCUCAGUUAAAAGAUGCAACAGAUAUUCUGAAGUCCAUUAAACAGCCAUCAGCCAUAAAGAAAAUAUUUGAACAGGGAAAACACAGAACGAAAAGAUCCACUUUUUUGUCAACAGGAGUAAAGAUCUGUCCUCAAGAAUCAGUGAAACAAAUCAUAGCUGGUCAUCAAGCCUAUUACAAACUGCGAGUUUGCCAGGAAGCCAUUUGGGAAGCAUUCCGGGUUUUUCUGGACAGAAUCCCUGAAAAUGCAGAAUACCAGAUUUGGGUCACUACAUGCCAAAAGGAAUUUCUCACCAUUUCCGAUAUUGCAAAAAACUUCAGCAUGUCUCAAGAGCAUCUUGAUAUGGUUAAAAGGAGAGUGCAGAUGAGGGAUGAGAAACUACACGAAUGGGGUGUCAUGAUUGCUGGAAAGCCUGUAAUUUUGCCAGUAACUGAAAAAGUCCCAGAUUCUGCAACAGGGUCACAUCCAAAUGGCAUGUUCCCUAAUGAAGUAGAAGGUGACCAAAAAGAACCAGAAAAGGAAUUGGAUCAUACAAAUGAAUUACCAGAGCAAUUAGUAGAGCAUGUUGUGGAGUUCAGCAUUACACUCACCAACCAAGGCUACAUUGAGCAGCUGAGCAAUCCUGAUAUGCCAAGAUAUAAAGAACUGGCCGAAAGAUUUCACAAUCAGAUGUUGCAUGUUUUUGACGAUCUUCCUGGAUUUAGAGAACUUCAAGUAUUAGGAUUUAGCCCAGUGAAGGAGAGUGAUGGGUCUGGCAGCAUUUCUGUACAUUAUGCUGUGGUGUUUGAGGACAAAUUGCAGAAUUCCAAUAAAAUCGAUGAUGCAGACUUGAAUAUUGGUAAUAAACUUGAACGUGAUCAAGACGCUUUUGACCCUGAUGUGAAGCAGCAGGGAAAGCCAGGAAUUUCGUCGUAUAUGGCUAACCUGGAAGAGAUGGUGGUCAAGGUCUUGAGUAAUAAUAAGAAGCUGGUGCCUAUGGAUCUUAACACACUUAGAUUUCAGAAAGAUGACACGAACCAGCAGAGAGCAUCUUUUGCACCCAUGACUUCUGAGGCCACUGCAAGUGAUCCCAGUCUUGGAAAUGCACUAGCUGAUUCUUCGGAAAUUCCUUCUGUUGACAGCCAGCAGCCCAAAGUAGACUAUUUUCCUAACCUUUCAGGUCAAGAGAUUACUUCUGAAGAAAGUGAACUGAAUUCUACGUUGAAGUCCACAGUAAAAGUCACAGAGAGCACGACAACAGACAUUUUAUUAGCAGAGCCUUUUCAGAGUGCCAUGCCAUCAUCAUCAAGCAAAGUACCAGAUUGGGCAGAUAUAAAAGAGUCUAAAGAAGAUGAGCCAACUAGCACGUUUCCAGAAUCUGUAAAAUACAUACUGCCAUCACAUAACUCAGAUGGCAGUGAUACUUCCAAGGAAUCAGUGUCUAAACGUAACACAGAAAUAGAUACUGCAACAUAUAGUCUAAGCCCUCCUCAGAAAAGCAUAACAGAUCAGUUAGAGGUAUUUGAUGAGACAAAAGAUUUAUCAUCCUGGCUGUCUGUCACUGCUCUUCCUGCUGUUACUGAGGAGCCACCUACCAAAUUGGUGGAUUUUUUCCCACAAGGAAGUGAUACCAGCGGCUCUAACAUUAAUGAGGACAACAGUGCAGCCAAUAUAGACUUUCAGGGUGAAGAAGUCAUAAAAGUGGCAUCCGAAACUAGUUAUGUUACUUCAGAACGACACGCUCUUUCUAAAGAAACUGACGCCAUCAUUACAGGCAAUUUGGAAUCAUCUGGAUUUACUGAAGACCCUGGAUUGUUGCAGCCUGAAGACAGCAGGGAAAAUGUACUUUCAUUUACUGAUGUUUCUAUAAUGCCAACAACUCACAGCCUACAAACAGACCUACUUCAUAAGCAAGACUUAGGUGUUAAUUCUGUUUCUCAUACCGAAGCCAUUCACAUCACAUCUCCUGUUUCUGUGCCUUCAUCAUCAGCUAUUGGACUCAGUGCGACACAUACUGUAAUAAAUAUGGAGCCAACUGACUUACGAAUAGAUGAAGGCAAUGUUAUAACAAUAACUCCAAUUAGCAAUGAAUUAUUGUCUAGUGAACUUGCCACUCAGUCUCCUGCAUUACAAACAGAUUCUCUGGUUUCACCCGAACACAAUCUGACUUUGAAAAUUCCAGAUGCCAUAGGAGAAACCACUGAGCCUUUUUUCCAUGAUGUGACCACAAUUAUGCAAAAUAUCCUUCCUGAUGAUGGGUCUAUUGUGUUUAUACCUUCCUCUACAGAAUACCCAAAGCCAGUAACUUACGUUGAACCAACAGUAUUUGAUAUGAAUCAUGAGUUAGAAAUUACAACAGAGGCAAAGCUUAUUACUGAUGCAUUUGAGGGCAUUGAUUUUGAGAGAACAGAAAGAAUCUAUGAUCUAGACAGUAGCACUGGAUUCUCAUCUUUCACUCAGGACCGUCCUUUUGAAACCACUCCUUCUACACUAAAGUAUCUGACAACUCCUUCUAUGACCACCACAAAUAAGGGUAAGGAGCUGGUAGUGUUCUUCAGCCUGAGGGUAACAAAUAUGAUGUUUUCAGAAGAUCUCUUCAACAAGAGCUCCCCUGAAUACAAAUCCUUGGAAAACACAUUCCUUCAAGUGCUUCUGCCAUAUCUGCAGUCAAAUCUAACAGGAUUUAAACAGCUGGAAAUUAUAAACUUCAGGAAUGGAAGUGUAAUAGUUAAUAGCAAAAUGAAAUUUGCCAAGUCUGUGCCAUAUAACAUCACACAUGCUGUACAUUGUGUUUUGGAAGAUUUCUGCAGUACAGAAGCCAGGCAUCAUCACAUUGAAAUUGAUAGCCAGUCACUGGACAUAGAGCCAGGCGAUCAAGCAGAUCCAUGCAAGUUUUUGGCAUGCAAUGAGUUUUCAGGAUGCGUUGUGAACCGCCGUACAAUGGAAGCAGAAUGCGUGUGCGAUCCUGGCUACAUCAGCAUUGAUGGACUGCCAUGUCAAAGCAUUUGCAAUCUGCAGCCAAACUACUGUCAUAAUGGCGGGCAGUGUGAAAUCGUUCCAGGUCAAGGAGCAGUUUGCAGAUGUCCUCUAGGUAAACAUUGGCUGUAUCAUGGUGACCACUGCGCCGAAUUUUCCUCAAAGCCAAUAAAGCCUUCUGUUUAUGUAGCUACAGUAAUCGGUUGCCUGAUGCUAGUAUCUGCGGUGCUAGGUGUCUUGGUUUUGAUAAACAAGAAAUUUAUUCAGACAAGAAAGCGAGUGAACUUGGUGUAA